AUGGCGGCAAUGAACAAGCCGACAUUCAUGGCUAUCAAGACGCAUUCUCCUGACAAGCCUGUGCUUCUCUUUGUGUCUUUUAAGGCUCAAACUAAUUUGGCAGCGCUGGACUUGAUCCAGUUCUGCGUUACGUUGGAUGAGAAUGGUGAUGGCAGCAAGCGUUUCCUGGAAAAUAAAUGA